ACUCAUUCAGGAGCGAGCGAUGCAGAUGCAGGGACUAGCACGAGCGGCGCGGGGGCUCUGGCCGGCGGCGGCGGCCGCGGGGAGCCGCGGGCAGGUGCAGCCGUCCCGGGGGAUCGUGGUGCAGGUGAGGGACGGCAACCUGGAGCGCGCGCUCCAGGUGAUGGAGCGCAAGAUGCGGUCCAGCGGCAUCGAGCGGCUCAUCAAGCGCCGGACGGAGCACCACGUCAAGAACUCGGAGAAGCGCGUGCUCGCGCGCAAGGCGCUCAUGGCGCGCGUCCGCUCCCAGGAGCUCGGCAAGAGCCUCCGCGACAUCCUCAUCAAGAAGAUCAGGGGUCAGUAAGGGCAUCUCUGAGUGGGGAGCAUUUUUCAGCAACAUUCGACGGUACUUCAUGGGCAUGUUAAACAUGUAAUCAGUCUUCAUGGUGGAAUUUAGUAAUUGAACUGAUUAUUUUUUCGAACUAUGGAUCUUUUUAGAGCAGCUUUGAUAAAUAAUACUCACCUGCGUGCCAAGAAUCUUUUCAUGUCUUGGAACCCACACAAAUUUGUGAUAAGUAGUUGAGAAAUUUGUAUGGUACACCUUAGUAAUGCACCCGGUGUCUGUGCUACGGGUGCAUAAUAAUUCAGACCAUGUGUAUGGCUGAUGGAGCACAUACACGUACUUAGCAGUUUAA